AUGGAAGGCCAGCAGCUGGUGGAGGAGAAGCUGAAGGAGGUGGCAAAGGAGCUGCUCGCGCUGCGGGCAGAGCAUGGUCGGCUGAAGAACGAGUACGAUGUGGCUGUGGAGAAUGUCUCGCUGCUGGCGCAGGAGAGAGACGAGGCGCUGAGGACCAUCGCCGAGCAAAAGGCAGAGAUCGACGCUCUCAAGACGCGCUCGCUCGUCCAAUCGCUCCGGCCGGAUCCGGCAACACUCAAGGCGCGGAGAAAGACUCUGGCCGCAAGGAGAAAGACCGGCGCCGUGGCGUCGCGCAAGGGAGUUGCAAAAAGCCGCCAGCGGCCCACCACCGCAACGUCGGCCGGUGACGCCGACGACGGCGAUGGAUCGGAUGUCGCGCCCGACCACGCCGCACUUGCUGCGGCCAAGACCGAGCGCCGGAAAGAGCGCGAGCGCGAGCGCGAGGACCGCCGCGCUGCAGGUGUACAGCCUCCGGCCACAGCCACUGUCGCGACUGGCGAGCGGGCCGGGGCGUACCGCCCCACCGGUUCGGGCCUCGAGCUGAUGGCACUCUCGCCGGCUGCCAACUACCGACUGGACAAGGCGUUCAAGACCGGAUGGCUCCGCAAGCGCGGCGGAAAGACGUUCACCCCGUUCCGUCGGCGCUUCUUUGUCUGCCGCGACGCGUACGUCUUCUACUACAAGUCCGAGUCGGACAUUGCUCCCACAGGGUACAUUCCGCUCGACGGCUGCGCCCUGGUAGCCAAGGCUGCCUCGGCCGGGCACUACCCGUUUGACAUUGUCCACGCCACCCGGCGCAACUUUGUUCUCGAGGCUGCGUCAGAGUCGGAGCGCGAGGACUGGAUGAUGGUUCUCUCCAACCGCAUCGUCGCCGUCGCCGCCGAGCUCGAAUACGAGCGGGUUGUCGAGGAGCAUCGAGUGGCGGCAACGUCGCCGAGCGGCGAGUACGCGAACCAUCCAGGGCUCACCCAGCUUCAGCGCCCGCGCAAGGCCUCCAUUGCCGCCCACGUCGUCACGCCCGCCAUGCGCCGCGCUAUCUCGGAGCAGUCGCGGCGGCUGACCGAGCGCCGGAUGUCGGCAACAGCCGCGGCGUCGACUGCUGCCGCGGCGUCCGCCACCGCCGCUGCCGCCACAGGCGCGGGUACCACCGCCGCCGUCGCACCUUCGCGCCAUACGCUCGGCACCCUCAACACCAUGGUCGCCAACUGGCAGUCCAAAUCGCAUUUGGGCGGCGGGACGGUCCACGAGCGUGCGCUCGCCCAGGCCGCCUCCGAGUUUGCGUAUCUGUUGGAGGAGUCGGCCAAGCUGCGCGGGCACGGGGAUGCCGCCGCCGCCGACCGCAUCGACGCCAUCCGUGACGGCCUAGUCGUCGACUACGCGUCGUCGGCAUUCCCACCGCCGGCUCCGGUAAGCUAAGUCGUGUGGCGUUUACUCGGCCCCGCCACUAUUGUUCUUGACAGAAAACAGUGAGGCGACGCCUGGGCCGCCGGCGCCGUCGGCUGCAAGCAUGGACCGGAUCUGGCCCGGCAAGCCGCCGGCGGAGAUCUGAAGGUCGGUGGGGAGGAGGGCGACAUUGUUGCCGAGAGCGGCAAACAUGCGGGCCUGGCCUGCGGCGUAGGCCUCGAUGAGGGCGAGCUGGACAGCGAGCGGGUUCUCGGACGCCUCGCCCUGCGCUGCGGCGACCGAGCGGAUCUUCUCCACCUCGGCCAUAGUGGCGGCGCGCUUGGCGUUGGCAUCGGCGUUGGCCUGGACUUGGAUGGCGG